GUCCCUGAAUUUGUUGUAUGUGAAAGUCUGCAGUUAAUUCUUUGGGGCCUCUAAUAGGAAUAUCGCUACACCUGGUGUGUGGGAUUCCUAAAUAUUGCUUUUUUACCCAGUUGCCUGAGAAAUACACAGGCUAAAUGAGAAUUCUAAAGCAGCAUGCAUUUUCCUGUCUUCAGUAUGAAAUACUUUUAAAUUCAGUCUUAAAAUAUUUCACAGUUUGUGUUCUGCUGUCUGAAACUUUGCAGUUUCUUUGUUUCAAGAGUGGAUAUUGAGUUUAUAUAACGUUGCUGGUUUUAGUCACUAUAGAUUGAAGAGUCGGUUAUCAGUUAUUGUAAGUGGUAGGCGUGUAAAGAUUUAUGUUGAAAGGUUGUUUCCCAGCAAUUUGUAACCUUUAAAAUGUUAUUUUGCAACUAGAUAACAGCUUUUACCUGUAUUUGAUUCUUCCUUCUGACAAUCUGUAAACAUGCACUGUACUCACAUUUAAACUACUAUACAGCUUGUUACAGUUACGUAGAUUUCUAAUUUUUUACAUUACGAUGGUAGAAAUGCUGACUGGUAUUUGUUUCCUUUUUUCCCCCCUACCCCCCCUUGGUUUGUGUCAAACUGCAUUUUGACAGUGACGAAAUGCAACACUUGGAAGUUACAAGUUCUGUAAAGUUAUGCUGAAUGUGCUUGGUACAUAUGCAAAAAGACGUUAUCUAAUGUUAGUAACUUUAACUGAUUAAAUAAAUGAAUUAUCUUCUGUAGUUAGCGAGUUAUGCAGAGGUUUCUGGUCAUUGUCCUUUCUCAUACCAAAGCAAAUGGAUUCCAGGCUGUCAUUUCAUCAUCACUCUGUGCUGAUCUUACUGUCCAAAAACAAACAGUUGCGUUUAGUUGUGUUUGCUCCUUUACUACUUCUCUUCCCAGUUUGGUUUGCUUCAUUAGCCAAAUGAAGAGUUUUAUUAGCGUGUGGUCAUUAGAGGUAGUGCAAGGUUACCCCCAAACUUAAAUCAUAACUAAUGAUAGCAUCAGCUUCUUGCAACCUGGUUCCUUCUUUAUUGGGAAAGAAUAAUAUACUUUGCGUUUGGUUUCUAUUUUUUGCUUCAUUAGCUAACUGUAAAUUCACUGUUAAAUUGAAUAAAAUGGAUAUUCUUUCUGUCUGCAAAAUCAGCAGUCAGCAUUGUAAGCUGAUGGUAUCACUUCAGCACAAACCAAUGCUGUGUGCUUUGUGAGAAUUACAGAUUCAUGAUCCAGUUCUCUGUAGAGCUACUUGAAGGUUGCUUAAUGCACUAUCGUGCAUUUAGGACAUACGGUAAUGUGCCAUAAUUACAGAUGUAAUUAGGAGUAUGUUUUGUCUAACUGCAAGUUAUCCCAUUUAUUUACUCGCCCACAUCAGGCUCUCACACUGUAGGUUAUCCCUUUCCCUGUUCUAAGAGCUGUCUGCAAUGUCCUUGGCAUUUUCCUCAGUGUUUUCCUGACCUCUGAUAUUUUCUGGUGCCCUUUUUGUUCGGAAUUUCUUCUCAAAGCAUCACCUCCUUUUAAUUCAGCUUUGGAAUGUAACUGGUUAGCUUUAAGGCAUUUGCUUUGCUGUGAGGCCUCUAACCUGGGGCUAAGAGCCAAGACAGGUGCCCCCACAUUUGUGGGAUGCCUCCCUUAAAAUGGGGAGUCCUAUUGCACAGACUCCAUCUCUAAGGGCAUACUGUGCAAGUGUGGCUGCCUGGUUGACACCAAUGCUUUGUAGGGCCAGGUCGAGCCACACUUCUCCCAUUAGUCUCUGAAGCUGCCUCUGCUCACUAAGGAGCUGUGCUCUCUGCUUUGUUUUGCAGAGUGAAUGUGCUGAGUGGCUGUUUUUGAUUUUAUCUUUCUCAAACGUGUGCUGUUCAUGAGCAGUUUCAGUUUGAUAGUCUUUCGCUGAUUUCCCACACUUCAGCUGUGGCAGCACUUGCAGGGUACGCAGCAGCGGAGGUAGAUGUGUUUGGUGUUCCCCAUGCCUCAGUGGGACCGGGCAGGAGGCUGUGGGAGCACUGAGAUUUGCCCUCUCCUGUCCCACUUAGGGCAGGCCUAGCCCUCGGCUCAUGUCAAGUCAGAAGCUUUUGAAGGUCAAAUGGAAAACUUCAUCUCCCCAAGUCCCUUUCAGGGACUCUUAUCAAGCCAUUCUGGGCUCUUAUUUCAAAUAAAUGGCAGAUGGUUAAAACAGGCAAAACUGGAGCACUUCUCCCAGAGAAAGAGCCUGCUGUUGAUCUACCCCCAUACAAGCAGGAGUGGUGCUUUUCUUCCUUGCAAAGUGCCAUGGGAUUUAUUAGCGUUAACGUGGUGAGAAAAUUGGAGAUGAUUCCCAUUGCUCCAGAUGGCACUGUCCAGAUGGGAGCUCAUAUUCUUACUUCUGAGGAUGCUGGUGUUGCUGGCACACUGUUUGAGAACUGAUUACGGUGUAUUCUGUUACUAGAUGAGGGUUUCAGUGUGUGGUCAAGUGUUUACAUUCACUGCACUGUCUGCACAAUGACUUUUAUUCAGUGCAAAGACAGCCCUUUGGGGUGUUGUAUUGCUGGGCUUGUUAUCCUUAGUGAAUGUACCACUCAGGCUCUGCAGACUAGGGAAGGCAUUGUUAGCUUCUGGUUCCUCCUUCCCCAAGUGGUUUUCUUCAGGUGCACUGUUCUGCGUGUAGUUUAAGUCUGUAUGGAGUUUUGCUGCAAAGUCUAUGUCAAAAAAAGCUGAGCCUUGAGUCAGCACUCAAAGUUCUGCCUUGAUGUAGAAAAAAUGUAUUACUGAUGCCUGGACAGAAUGAGACUGCUCAAUCUGAAGUACAAAGAAUACUUGAAGUGCUUACUCUGCCUUUUAAAAUAACAAUCAAAAGGCAGGGAAGUAAUUGUGAUGUUGGUUUUCUUUGUACUGCAAAGUGUUGCUUGUACUCAAUGCAUUGAGAAGCUAAAAAAAAAAACUGAAGCCCUUUGCUUUUUCCAUCAUCAAGCCUGAACAACAGAAACACUUCUGCUUACCUGAGUGCCAUUGCAAUGACAGUAGUUACAGUAUUAAUAAUCCACGUGGAGAUGGUGAAGGCUUUUGCUUUAAGAGAAUAAUGCAAAGAUGCCACAUCCAUCAGUAUUCUGCACGUCCUGCUUAGAAAAUACAUGAUAUGCACCUGGUUUAGGAAAAAAAAUAAGAAACAACUUGUUAAACCUAUGGCUUUUUGAAUGAGGUGCUGACUCGCAGCUGGUCCUACCCUUCCAGUGGCAGUUCAAGAUACAGUUGCUUUGAGCGUUUAAACAUGUUGCUAGGUGUAGCAAUUACAGCACCUCCUGUUCAGCUGCUUUUAUUUCAAAUGCUGUGGCUGAAUCUGCAAGCCAAAGCAAACUGCCGUAGGCUGUGGUUCUCCAGGCUGAGCCUGCACAGCCCACACCUGGCCCUGUGGGUGCUGCUUCCAAGCACUGUGCACCGCCCUUCUGAAUGCCACUCACCAAAGAGUUUUUCAGGUGUGUUGGCCCUCAGUUUGGUGGGAGACCCGGAGGCAAUGGAAGAUGCCAGUAGCCUGCCUGCUAUGGUGUAAUGCAGGUAGUGGUAGAGAAUAGGGAAAAACAAAUGCUUCUGCACAGCCUUGUGAUGCUGUUGAGAAUGGAUGGGAAGCAGUGCCCAAGUUUCAAAGGUGAGUGGCCACUUUCCUCAGGAUGGUUCCAGGCACCGAUGUCCCCUUCAGGAACCCCAUUCCUCUUGUUGCAUGCUGACCUGUUUGCUGCUGUUAGGUCAGCAACCGGAGCUGAUGUGAAGGUCUGUGCCUUCAGUGAGAGGGUGCUGUGUUGUCUUAGGGGGAAAGGAGUCGGCCUGGGAAACAAAGGUAACAAUAUGUGUUCAGUAUUUACUGCUUAAAUACGGCUCACAGUUUGAAUAAGGAGGCCUUGGUUCUCUUUAUCCCAUGGCAGACAUAAGAUCCACAUUGAACGCUGCAAAUGUACUGUUAGAAUGCACAAGGACUAAAUGAUAAAAUUUAAAAUAUGACAGUAUUUUGAAACUUGAAUAAAUACAUCAGGUAACAAAUAUAUAAAUAGCCCUUAGCAUGCUUGUAAUGGAAUUUCUUAUCCACCAAUAAUGCUUGUGGGGAAGAACAGCUUCUAGAGCUGAUCUCUGUGGCAGUCACGGUUGCCUUCCUACCACUGGUUUCAUGGCUGCUGUUCGGGUUGGGGGUGGUACGGUGCCCCGAGAGACCCAAGUUACUGUAGGCUUCCUUCAAGUGGUAUCAAAGCUGCUUUACUGAACUCUUGGACAGAAGGCUGGAGCUGCUUGCUUUGUCCAGGACAGCCGUGGGGCAGCAGCAGAGAGCAGAGGUGGGUGCCUGCAGGCUGACUGCUCCACUGCGGGGCUGGGUGCCAGGGAAAUCCAUUGCUCUGCUGUGCGAGAGCUGCAGAAGAACCCACAGCAAAUGCUGGUAAACCUAGAUUUGGGAAAGCUUCUCGACGGUUAGAAAGGUUGCCUCCGUACAACGCAGAUAUCUCAAGCUGGUUCAGAGAUUAUGCCUUAGUAAAUCACUAUCUCUCCAGGAAGGUUUUUGUGCUGGAGUUGCACUGGAAGACGUUGCUUUCGCUGCAGUAGCGCCAGUGACCGCUGGGCUGACUGAUGGAGCUGAGCUGGUGAUGAAGGCUGAGGGUGCUGCAGAGCGGCUGAAGAAAACGAUGCAAAGAGCAGAGGGAGCUUUACCCAUUCGGGCAGAAUUAUUCUGCCAUAUUCGGGGAAUGUUAUGCAGAAGAAGACGUAAGGAGUAUUUCGUGUUUCUUUACAUUAUUGUGAUAAGUGCUGCAACAUAGGCUGUUGCAGACUCAUUUCUCAUCCCUCACUCUUUCAAAUAAUAGAUAUUAACUGCUCUCUUCACAAGAGAUGCUGUUGUUUUGAAAAAGAGGUGAUUUGAUUUAAUAGGCAGUGCAUUGCAAAGGCAAAAAUGAAGUUAAAUGCAAUGCUAAACCUCAGUUUUGUAGAGGACAAUGUAUGUGCAUAAAGCCAGCGACUCGGGAGUGAAUUUUGAAGACAGAAAUGCACAUUUAAAAGAUGCUUUCUGGUAGUGGAGAACGGAAAUUGGAGGACUCCUGCUCUUCCUUAUGAUCCUCUGCAUUGCUCGCUGUCUGAAACAGCUGAGUUACAGCUGCUGCAGGCUGCCUGCUGCUGUGCUUGCUUUGAACAAGGAGAAAGAAGAACCAACUUCAUGUCUCCUCUCAUACCUCACCGUUCAGACAGUUCAGCGGGCUCUCAUGCAACAUUUGCAUACCUUCCUGCUUCCUGUACUGGGUGAGAGCUGGGCUUUGUGUCUGCGCCGUUGGUCUGAAUAGAGGUUGGUGUACCAAGGCCUGAGUUCUUUCUGACAUGAAAGACAGCAUGCUCUAAAGAGGCAGGUGAGAGCUACAGGUGUGGGAGGCUUACUGGUGUGCCCCCCAUACUGCACGACACACCCGUGGUCAGAGUUCUGCUGUAUCAAAGUGCUUUGGUUGAAGUCAUACAAUCCUUGCAAAACUGCUUUUGUUUCCUUGCUUAACUGUGCCAACGAGAUGAGAGAGAGCAGCCCAGAAUAAUUUGUUUGAAACUGGGGCACGUGCAUGGGAGAAUCUCACGUCAGAAGCUGAUCUAAGAGGGGAGGCACUGCAAUCCUCCUUACCAACCAAUUGUAAGGCCACACCAAUGAGCUUUGUAGCAAUUUGGAAGCUCUUACCACGCUAAUAUCCACACUGGUGAGUAUAAGGCAGUUAAACACACCUAAGCAAUUGUUUUUGGGAUUUGGAAUCAGAAAGAAGUAAGCCACAAGCAGCAACUGAAGAGUCCCUCAAACACCUGAGAGCAUCUCUAAUUCAAAGCUGUGUACUCCAGGCAACCCUGGGCCUGAGAUUUUUGGCCAUGCAACACAGUGAGUAAAGCCCCCAUGAAGUCACUAAGAGCAGACAGUGGUGAUGCUCACCACAGGACCUGCUCAUGCAGAAAACAACUACAGCAGUAGAUCUGUGUUGCUGCAGGCCCUUGGGGGACGCUCCCUUGCAAUAAGUGCACAGUAGUGUGAGGUAGCAUAAUACACACAAGAAGUCAAAUAUGUUAAAAGUGAACAAAAGCAUCCACUGUGGACAGUAAGUGCAACUCUCUGGGCCUUGCUGGGUUUCAAAUUUCCCCACACUGGAUCAUUUCACAGGGACCACCAUAUACAGUUCAAUGCAAAGCAGUGCAAAGUGUGCUACUCCUUCACUGUAAAUUUGCAAAACAAAUAGCAGCAGGAGGAAACCAAUACAUGGCACUCACUACUGAAAGACUGAACAGGGUCUCCUGAGACAGACCUAAAAUAGAGUCCAGAGGGAUUCUGAUGGCUCAUCUCCUCCGGGUGCCAUGCCAGCUGGCUCAGUAGAUUUCAUCCAUGUGAACCAGAGAAUGUUCUGCUGUAAUGGGGUACUGAAAUCCAGCUCUCCCAUGCAUCCUGCCCCACCGUGGCCUCCUCUACAGCUGCACAUGGAGAUCUGCUGUGUGGUGCCCGUGGGCUGCAGGGGAACAUCCUGCUUCACCAUGGACCUCUCCUGGGCUGCAGGGAACUUCUGCUCUGCACCUAGAGCACCUCCUGCCCUCCUUCUGCACUGAUCUCAGUGCCUGCAUGGCUGCUUCUCUCCCAUUCCUCGCCAUUCUCUCUCAGCUGCUGUUGAGCAGCAGUUAUUCCCUUUCUUGAAUCUUUUCUCUCUGAGGCCCACCUAGCAUCACUCUCAGCUCAGCUCUGGCCAGCAGCAGGCCCCUUUUGGAGCAGCUGGAGCUGCAUCUGCUCUGACAUGAGACAGUGCUGGGCUCUGCUCACAGAGGCUACCUCCACAGCCCCCCCCAACCAAAACCUUGUCAGGUAAGCCCCUACUGUACAAGCUGUUAGCACUUAGCUUACCUCUUUCUUGUUUCCCACUAAAUUAGACAGUACAACACAGAAUUGACAUGAACCAAUGCCAGAGAAAUGCAACUCAGCUGAUGUGUGUCAAUCUGUUCAGCUGCCCGAUCACUCACAGACCAGAGACCUGUCUCUUUGCUGCCAAAGUACCAAUGAGAAACAUUCUUUAUUCUCUCCAUCUGAUUAGAACAAGCACACACCCUCCAGCUGUUAUGGAAAGUGCUUCCCUCCCCAUUAGCACCACCAUUCUGUCAACAGAGCCAGCCCCAGUAAAUCCCAAUCUUUCCAAACCUGCUUCUCCUCGUUCCAUUACUGCUGUUGAUGAUCAUGUACCUGAAUUUCUUCCCCUUGCUACGGCUCCUCUUAAAAUAUCCAUUGUCAGCUUCAUCCCUCCUGUCUGCACUCAUCUCAGAUAAAAAGUAUCAACCCAAAUACCUCUCAAUCAUUCCUCCUUGCUUCUGCUCUGCUCCAGGCUCCCCGUGGUUCCCACUCCUACUGCUCUCAGCUACCUUUUGCCUGCAGGCAACAAAAAGAUGUCUUAGCAAAUAAUUGUGUGGACGUUAUCAGGAAACCUACUGCAGAAGUUGCUACUCUGGGCCAGCCCCACCUGUCCCUCUGGCUCAGGGAGCUGAUGGUAAGAGAGCCGACAUGAGUCCCAGAGGCUUCAGAAGAGUGGUGAAAAUUGUGAGUCAAUCUGCCAAAUGAAACAGAUGCUCAUUUAGCAACACACAAAUGCAAUCUGCUUAACACAGGUUUCCCUCCAGAGCUGAUAAAGGGUGGUUAAUCUUUUCACGGUUUUUCAGAUUUGGAAUAAAUUGCAUGUGAAAAAUUUCAUGGGUUUCUUUGCAUCAAAAGAAAAACCGAUUUGAUGUAUUAACUGAAGAGUAUUUGGAUCGGGAAUGUUGCAAGUUUGUGCUUAUUCCACCUCUUUGUAUGAAUGCAUCAGGACAAUGGUGGGGAGCAAAGAGUAGCCCACAUCUGUAGUCUAUGUGCCAUGGCACAUCCUUGUGCUAACUAAAUGCCAGCUCAUGGCUAGGACUCUACAAGCUAGAAGACAAAACUACCAUCCUUAGUCUGACCCAGAUGCCUCCCACUCAAGGCAUGCAUGUGCCCUUGGCUGCUUUGCAGGUACUGGAAGCACAGCUGUUUUCAGAGGACAAAUGAAAUCUUACUCAAUCUAAGCUCUGUGGAGGUACUGAUACAGAGUGCCAAGGGACCAGUAAGUCCCUGGUGUAGGCAGGGAAAAUAGGGCAGGCAGCUAUGCAGCCUUUGUGACUUGCAUCUCAGUACAAAGAGCCAGAAGCAGGAGAGGAAACUGAGAAAUAGGAAAAUAACAUUGCCACCGUCUGAAAUAAUCCUAAAUAUCAAGCAGAAUCUGAAAGCUAUUCUAUUAUUCAGGUGUUUGCCCUGGAUGCUGACUUUGUCAGUCUGGUGGAUCCGUGCAAACAAACAUUGUGACUCCAUGAUAUUCUGUUAAAUCUGAUCUAGGAAAGCAAAAGUAAACAGAAGCCAGAUUACCCAAAAACAAAGCAAGGGAACAGCAAACACCUUGUAAGGAACAAAGUUACAGGAGAGAAAGGAAAGCAGAGUCUGCAUUCCUCUGCUGCUAUCAAAUAUGUAAAGGAGGAGUCCUUUUAAGAAUGUUGUUGUUUGUUUCACUGUAGCUCUUUCUGAUGGUUUUCAGUUUUUAAUACAGAAUUUGCUUUGCUGGACUUGAAAAGACAGCACACAUUUUAUUUAGCUUCCAUUAAUUGUUCUUCCCAUAUGAUAGUUUUCUUCCUCCUCACACUAGAAACACAAGAGGCCUUCCAUUUUAACCUGCUUUCCGAACAGAUAUGAUACAGAGUGGAAUUAUCUAAGGGGGAGAAAAGAAACAAAAUGAAGUCCUUUUUCACGUUCCAUGUAAAUACUAACAACCUUCUCUCUCUUCCCUCCCCUCCCUCCCUCUGUCUGACCCAAUUUUGCUUGAGCAGACUGUUUCUCUGAGGCAGGCACCUCUGAGACUGCAAACUUAGCAGAUAGUACCAAACAUGAGAGCACUGCACUUGGAAAAUCAAUUUUAAAGCUACUGUACUUGUGGCAUUAACAUUUCCAAUGUACUGAUAAAUUGCUUGUUCUUCCUCUUCAUCAGAACUUCUCCCUUAGCUGUGCUCACAUGAAAGGACAAAGCAAUUCCUGCAGCAGCUGCAUAUCUCAGAACAUCUAUCCAGCCUGCCGGAAGGAAUGUCAUACUCUUGGGUAUGAAUGUUUGAAUAUGUCAAACCCCUUCCUGCUAUACAGAGCCAGUAAAGGGAUACAAAUUAUUAGCAGGACACCAGCAAAUGUGUUCAUUUCAUGCUUUAUGGCAAACAACCUUGCCAAAUACAGGAUGAUUCCCACCACAGAAUACAAUCAAGCAGCAGGAUGUUUUUGAAGGGUUCCUGUCUUUCUUCUUCUCACUCUUAAUUCCUGCACCUCCCACAACACCAAAGCGCUGAGCACUUUUUAAUACCUCAGCCCGUAACACAACUGCUGCCGUCAUUUCUUUGUGCUUCCUAAGAGUAAUGCCUAAGAACCCCCCCCCCAGGGUUUGAGCAGAAGACCCACCCUUCACACCGUCCACUUCAACAGGCUCGUGUUACCAGUCUGCCUUCAUCCCCGGCUGGAGAACAGCUUCUUAUUGCAUUUCAGGUGGAACAUUUCUUCUGCACGUCCUGGGGAUGCUCCACAAAAUAAUCCAGAGAGCAGAAAGGAAGGCCUCGAAUAGCAUCAGCAGCAAACCUCCACAGUUCACACCAGCACUGCAGCUGCACCCCGAGAAGCUGUUGGAAAAACCUUGGUAGAAAUGCACUUCUGGACAUCACGUCAUGACACAGUGCCACCAGUGUGAAAAAAUGGACAAAAGCAGCGCAGGAACUUCACUGAAAAUAUACAGGAUAUUUUAUCUCAGGUCUUGCUUCACAUUUUCAUCUCUGGUGAGAAAGCUCAGCCCCCAGAUGAGAUGGAAAGGCUUUCAGAACAUAGGAACGAGGUCAAUUUAGAUUUUAAUACAAGACAUUAAAGAUGACACCAAAACACGAAAAACAAGAAUUUGUUACCGUCUUGGUACGAGACCCCAGAACACAGAAAGAAGACUCAUGGCAUUCUUACAUAGACUAUGAGAUAUUUAUUCAUACAAACAGUAUGUGCUUCACGAGGAAAACUUCCUGUGUCAGACGACGCUUCCGAGAAUUUGUUUGGCUUCGGCAGAGGCUUCAGAGCAAUGCUGUGCUCAUACAGUUACCUGAACUGCCAUCUAAAACUCCCUUUUUCAAUAUGAACAAUCCCCAUCAUGUGGACCAUCGUCGGCAGGGGCUGCAGGAGUUCCUGGAGAAGAUUCUACAGAAUGCAUUAUUGCUGUCAGACAGCAGGCUUCACCUCUUCCUACAGACUCAGCUAAGUCCGGAAGAUAUGGAGGCUUGUGUAUGCGGGCAGACCAAAUAUUCUGUCGCUGAUGCGAUUCAGAAGUUUGCCUCUUUGAACAGGCGCUUUCCUAUAGAAGAUGAAGAGAGGAAAAAAGGAGGAAACGAUGCAGACUCUGAUUCAGAGAGUUCAUCCUCCGGGCUUGGACCUAGUGAUGACAGCAUUUCAUGUGGAUGUAAAGCAAGCCUAGCUUCUGAAGAAUCGUGAAAGAUCAGUUCUGUAUUCUUAAGGACAGCACAAAGUGGUUUCUCCUGUGUUUACUAGUUACAUACACCACAUAAAUGCUACUUGCUAGCAACAUGCACGGAAAAGACUUAUAGUCAACACAACAGUAUGUCCUUACAGAGUUUUUAAACAGACCUCGAUAUUAUUUCUUUGAUUUAUAACGUAUGCUGACUCAGGUCUAUGUGUUACCUAUUGCAUUUACUUCUCUGUAACUAUUAUAAUGCCAGCAUUGGUUUAGUCAUGUUCCGCUGACUGACGUGGCUGUUAAAAUAUUUCCCUUAGUGAGUGCACAUCUUAGAGCUGGAAAAAUAAAGAUAACUUUAUCCUCAGCUUUAGAGUUGGUAUAUCAUAUCAAACACAGUCAAAGCAUCUUUUUGUAAUUUGCAACAGAGAAGUUUCAUCUUUAGAAGUCAUUUGACAUUGGUGAUGAAAUUACAUACCCCACAAGGUAUUAACUUUUUCAAGUAGCUCAGCAACAUCAGCAAAACAACAUUUGUACAAACUAUACGCUGCUGACAAUUUGAGAUAUAAAUAUAUCUUCCCUGAUCUUUCUGUGAUGUUUAUGGAAACCCUGUUUUUAUCAUGUAUAAGAACUGAAGGCCAAAAUUCUUGUGUAUGGUUGCUUGGAAAUUGGAAAUGAUAAUAGAAAUGACAUAACUUCUAGGGUUGCUGAGGAUUCUCAGUUCCCAGGGAAAUUAUGGGUACUCGUUCCCAGUGAGAAUCUUGGAUGCAGUCCAUUAAAACCAAUGGCUGAAUUUUCCACUGACUGCACUGUGGCCAGGACUCCACCCAACAUAUUUAACUUCAGGCACCUACAUGAAGAUGUCAGGAGCCAUGCUUUUAACGUAGCAGCAGAGAUGCUGUCUGUCACUCCAAGGUGACGAUGAUCCCAUAGCUGCAGCAAGCAGCGUGAAUGCGGGCUCGAAUCUUUGGCAAUAACCGGAGCCCUCGGCUCCAUUGUGGCUGCAGUUAGCACACGGAUACGGAGCACUUUGCAAACAAAAGGCAGGCUUGGACAAAACUUUGUAACCACCAAUUCUUAUUUUGAUUAAACGUCAGCGCUGCUCUUUAUUGUUAGCAGCAGCUGCGUAGCGUCUUGUCCCAGGCUCCGCCGAAGGAAUACGUUUCGCUGCGGUGUUGUAUUUAUAUUUGACAUUUAGCUGCUAUUAAAAAGAGCUGGGGGGUCCGAUGGGCCCAGCCGAGCUCCGCGUGCUGUAUUCCCAGCCUAAAAUGGGUGCGUGCGUCCUCUGUUAAGAAAUCUGGGGCUACUUUCAAAGCAGGAGCGUUGUUAACCUCCUCUGCAUUCCAGAAACAAUAGAUUAUUAACUGGACACCUCAUAAAGGUUAGCACAGGCAUGUGCGGGCAUGCUUUUUUCAAGCAUCCAGCUGGGAAUCUGUGUAAUUUUAGAAACGUGGUUUUAAUAGCCUGAGGAUAACAUCUCUUAGGUAACUGCUCCGAGCCACUCUUUUCUGUUGAUGGCAGCGCUUUGCUGAGAUAAAUACCCGUGCUUCUUUUUGCUUAGUCUUAUUGGAUUGCACAAAUGGAUCUCUUCGCCAUCUCGGCUUGCGUGCCAGUUAGCAACAAAGCUGCUGUAACGUAUAAGUGAUAACGUUUAAUUAAAGCAACAAGUUAUCACUAAAAGUAGCCUGAAAACAGCCGUUAGUGCCACGCGGGGAUGGUUCCAUCGCACAACUUUGCUUUAAGAGGGUGCGUUAUUAGAAAAAUCGUUUUGGGAGCUUGUUUAAAAGAUGGGGGAAUAGAAAGCUGGAGGUGGGAGCAGUGUCAGAGGACGACAGAGCUGUUUUUAUUUAACAAAGCAUCGGGGGGGUGGGGGGCUUCCUUUUAUUUCUUCCCCAUUAUUUUUAGGUUUUGUUUGGAAAGCUCGAGCCGGGCUGCUGAAGCACUGCACCGCCCUGCCCUGCAAACAAGCCCGCAGUAUUUGACAAAGUGCAGAAGCACAGAGCCUGGAGAAACCUUUGUGGCUGUUUUGUUUUUCCGUUCCAGGAGCCCAUCUGUUUGUUGUGUGCUGCUGAAUGGAUUCCAAACAAAGGUGUUUCCGAAACGAAUAUCAGUUUUCUAUCAGUUCUGCUCUUAUCUCGCUGUUUCCUUUGUCAGAUUGCUCCAAAGUUGGAAUCCUACAGCAACUCUUUCUUCUGCUUGGACAGAAAUGUGUUUCAAUAUUUAUCUUCUCACUGUUGGGUGUAUUGCUCGUACCACUGCAGCUUUUUUAUUGUUACUAUUAAAGAGGAAGGAAAAGUA